GAAAGCGCACCUUUAACAGAAACGGCAGCGGUGUUGUGUUGAUCGAGAGCAAGAAGAUGGGUACAACAGAGUGGCAUUAGUUUAACAAAUUUUGGCCUCUUAGUUAGUUUUAUACGAGAUGUUUGUGCGUAAUACUGAGUAAUGAACGAGCGGAGGCUCUCAGGAGACCGUUAAUGUUUGUCGUCGUUUGAAGUUAUUAGCUAGUUACACUGAAGUUGAAGUAAGGUUAGCUUUAGCUAGCAUCUCUCCCUGCUCGGCUCCAUCCUGAGGAAAAUAUGGUGUCCUGGAUCAUAUCAAGAUCUGUCGUGCUAGUUUUUGGAAACCUGUACCCAGCGUACUAUUCCUACAAAGCAGUGAAAACCAAAAAUGUCAAAGAAUACGUGCGAUGGAUGAUGUACUGGAUUGUCUUUGCCUUGUUUACAGUAGUGGAGACCAUCUCAGAUCUAACCAUAGCCUGGUUUCCCCUAUAUUACGAGAUCAAGGUUGCGUUUGUGAUCUGGCUUCUGUCUCCCUACACGAGAGGAGCUAGUGUCAUCUACAGAAAAGCCCUCCAUCCUCUGCUUUCCUCCAAAGAAAGGGAAAUUGACGACUACAUAAUCCAGGCAAAAGAGCGAAGCUACGAGACCAUGGUGAACUUCGGCAAGCAGGGACUGAGCAUUGCUGCAACUGCUGCUGUGUCUGCCGCUGUCAAGGGUCAAGGUGCCAUCACAGAGAAGCUCAGGAGCCUCAGCAUGCACGACCUUACCCAGAUCCCUCACGACGACGGAUAUUCAUCCUACGGCUCCAACCCUGCCAGAAGAGCCAACAUGGACCAACCCGACGGAGCUGAAUAUUAUCAUAGCGAUGACAAUGACAGAAGUGAUGACGAGGGGAAGGCUGUGUUCUCUGAAGAUGAAGCCGUGUCUCAUCAUGGGCUCAGACGAUCUCAGAGCGUCAAAAUAACCCGCUCAAAAGUGCGCAGAGAUGCCCGUUAUGGAUCUCUGAAGAUCAAAGGGAGGAAAAGACCAGGGAUUAAUGCCAUGACUUACACCAGCAUGGAGGACUGAGCUGACUACUGAUGCGUCCACUUUAUCAGACAACCAGUGUGUUCAUAUUCUUCUCUUUUCAUAAGGGCUGUGGACUGUGUUUUUUAACUUUUUCAUGGAUAUACCAACAGAUCUAUUUAUUACUUCUACCAGCAAAUGUGUACAUACAGUGAGCUGUACAGUGAGUAUUAUGAGCUUGAAGUUUAUGGGGUUUGACUGAUGGCUUUAUUUGUUAUGCAUGGCUUCAGUAUUUGCAUUUAGAAAUGUUCUUUUUGGAUGUGGGUUUUUAUAUUUCUGUUUUUGUUUUUCUUUUGCUGCCUUUUAGAUGCGUUUUAAGUCGUUUUUACAAUUGUAGUUUAAGUAAUUAAUUCUGAUUCUUUAAAACUUGACCGUGAUUUGUCAGCAUCAGACCAAAAUUGUCUCUAAUCAGUAAUAGAAAAAAUACCAAAGAGAACAAAAUGCAGUGUUGUGUUCUUGUUGACUUUUUAGAUGUUUUAAUACAAUUUUCAAAUGUGUAAAAACAAAAAGAAAUAAAAAGCUGACUGUUUGAUGGUAUGUGGGUUUAAAUGAAAACCCCUUUUGCACAUUCUUUAAAUCCUGAAUUGAAAUCCUUCACUACUGGUCUCAAUGCAGAACGCUUUUUAUCUGGGAGAAGGACCACUCUUUAUAACAUCUCUGUGGGUGUGCAGGUGACUGCUGUCGUGUAGAUCGAUGUGUCAUUCAAAAUGAAUGCAAUAUAUGAAUAAAGCUGGAAUAUUGUAAUGCAAA